AUGGCUUCAGCUACUGCUUCUUCAAACUGUACUGCUUCUGCAGGAGCAACUUAUUCAAAUUAUGCAGCUACAUCUUCUAUCAAUGAUAAUAUGGUACCAAAGUUUACCGAUUAUCGAUCACGAGUUAUGCUUGGGGAUCUUCCACAAGAUUUUCUUCGUAUACAAAUUGCACAACCACAAAUUUAUAAUCCGGCUGGAUAUACUAGCAGACAAGGUUACCCACCUGGUCAACUACAGCAACAACAAAUUUUGCACAAUCCAAAUUUUCUUGGGUAUUUUACAUUAACAAUCGCCGAGGCAAAACUAGUAAAAAGUUCAGGUUUAUUAGGUUUGAUCAAAAUGGAUCCGUAUGUUAGUUUUCGAAUUGGUCAUGCUGCUCAUGAUACGCCGACAGCAACUGGCGGUGGAAAAAAUCCGCAAUGGAAAGCUUCAUAUCGCAUUAAUUUAUUUAAAGGAAUGGAUAGAAUACAUUUAGAAGUGUAUGAUCAACGUAAUUUUACUGAAGAUAGUUUUAUUGGUGAAUCUGAAAUAAUGAUACCACGUGAAGUUAUGGAAGGUGAGACACGACAACAUUGGUAUCCAUUAAUGGGCCGAGAAACAACUGCAAACGAAAAUCAAGGAGAUAUUCUGAUUAUUAUGAGUUUUACGCCAGUGCGCCCAAUGAACUACUCUGCAGUAGCAAGUUCAAAUGAUACAACUGCUGUGAACUCUGAUGGCAAUCUAAAUAUGGCAAGUAGUCAUGCUGCACAUGCAUUAUCCAACCAAUCAGCUAUUAUGACAGAACAAAAUCAUCAACCGGCAACAGAACAUUCGCCAUCAGCAGUACCCAAACCACCGCCACCACCAUAUUCACCUGAAGAUAUACGAACAAUCGAAGAAAUGUUUCCUACAGUUGCUCGACAGGUUAUAACUGAUUUACUUGAUGAACAUCACGGAAAUAAAGAUCUUGUUGUGAAUUAUCUUUUACAAAAUAUUGCUUAA